CAGAAGGCGUCUUCUAGAUUUUUAGGGUUUUGCUUAAUAGCGUUUCUGCAACCUAAGCUAUUUGUGACAUGGGGGAAGCAAUGGAGUAUCGCUGCUUUAUUGGGGGUCUAUCAUGGUCAACAUCUGAUAGGGGUUUGAGGGAGGCAUUCGAGAAGUUUGGCCAUCUUGUUGAUGCAAAGGUUGUUGUGGACAGGUAUUCUGGGCGCUCUCGUGGCUUUGGGUUUGUGACUUUUGAUGACGAGAAGUGCAUGGAAGAAGCCAUAAACACAAUGCAUGGUUUAGAGAUAGAUGGCCGAGCUAUCACUGUGGAUAAAGCUCAGCCUCAGGGUGGCUCUGGGAGGGACCGUGAUGGUGAUCGCGAUCGGGACCGUGGUGGUCGUGACCGUGGAUAUGGUGGUGGAUCACGGGGGUCUGGUGGUGGUGGUGGUGGUGGUGGUGGUGGAGGAGGGUGUUACAACUGUGGAGAGCAGGGCCAUUUUGCAAGGGAAUGCCCAAGUGGUGAUGGUGGAUCAAGAGGUGAUAGAUAUGGUGGUGGUAGGGAAGAUAGGUAUGGUGGUGGUGGUAAUAGCCGUUAUGGCCCUGACCGUGGUAGUGGGGAUCGCUAUGGUGGCAGGAGCAGGGAUUCAGGUAGUCGUGGGGGUUCAGGUAACGAUCGUUACAAUCGUGACCGCUCGGGCCCAUAUGAACGACCUGGCCAUGGUGGUUUCCGUAAUUGAUCAAAUCAGUGUUAUGAACCAAUGGAGUUGCUAGAUAGUUGAGACUUGGUCAAUCAACCUUAUGGACUUUACAGAAGAGUGUGCCUUUUCUUUUGUUGGGGCAUCUGCAUUCAAUGAGAUCACCUUGGAGACACCUUAGUGACUUUACACUUGUGUUUUGGAUGCUCUUACAUUGUUUGAUGGGGAUGCCCAAUGCCUGUGCUUGGUUUACAUGCUUGAUGAUGGGAUUUGAUCUUUUUGAAUUUGAAUGCUAUUGUUGCUGCUCGACUCUCAGUUAUGGUUGUGUUAUUGCAAGGAUGUGCUGUUUGGUAAGUGCUAUCCUCAACUCAGUGAGAAAUAUCCCUUUUUCCAGUUGAGGAUAAGAGGCUUUCUUCUUGCAUGAAAAACACCUUUUAGCAUAACAUGGUCAAAGAUAUACCUGGUAAAAUUUAUAUCUUUUUUACCUUCUUACAUGUGCCAUUUACCAUUCUCCUUAGAAAUGGUAUUAAUUGUGUUAAUGUUUUGGCAGGCUAUUUAUUGGCCUUAUCUUUUUGGACGCAUGGUUAGCAAUCCUUUAUCUAAUUAUGCACCUCUAUGGCACACUCAGUUAUUGUACUUGAAUUUCUGAAACCUUUUGGGAACUAUAAGGUUCAUGGUGCAUGGGUUCAACAUUGCCAAUUUCAUGGAGGCAGUUCCUUUUGCCUAAAUCAUGGUCCUUAAGUCUCUUGCAAGCUUGCGAGGUUUAUAUCCUGGUUCUGUUUGUUCUACUUUUGUCCUUGCUGGAGAAGAGGUUGCUGUUUGUUUUCCGGUCUCUUGGUCUCGGUAGCUGCAUGGAAUAAUAACAUGGUCGUGGUAGAAAUCUCCGAAGAGAUCCAUUGUUCUAAAUGUGUUCUAGCAUGAUCAUGAUGUCUUUCUAAGCAUAGCUGAAUUUUUCCCCUUUAAGACUUCUCACAAAAACACAUGCAAGAGCUCCUUUUAUGUGCAUUUUCUUUGAACAUAGUCAUGUUGGAACUCAUUGACUUGGUCCACUUGGGAGAGAUAACGAAAUGCUUCAGUAACUGAAACUUGCAUGCACUGCUACACUGAAGCAUCUUGGAUAUCGUUUGGGUUGGCAAGCCCUCUUAUGCAUCGGGUUCAUUAUCUUUAGUGCCAAAAUUUUGAGAUGAACAUAUCAGCAAUCUAUGUUCGCGGUGUUCAGGCCUUCGUAAAAGCAAAAUGUCAAGUCCUUGGGUGAUCUCAAGUCACUCCUUUCAGUUAGUUGAAUUUGGACACUAGGUUCAGUAUCAAAGCUGGUUUUAUUGUUCAGUGGCUUUGUGAACUUGUUUGAUUCUACUAUGGAGUGCUCGAUGAUUUUGUAGGCCACUAUAUAUGCCUUGAGUUGUACAUGUACAAAGCUUAUUUAUUUGUUCAUGGCUGGGGAAAUAGUUCUUCUGGUUGUGUUCAAAAGAAUCGAGGUUAGCAGGUGGUGCAACAAUUAUCUGUUUGUUUUUUUCCUGAGAACUUCCAGAGGUUUAGACAUAAAUGCAAUAAGUUGUUUACUGUA